AUGCAUUUAAUUGGUUUAUUGAUUACUGAGCUGAUAAUUGCAGAAACUAUUCGGAACGUUACCGGCCAGUUAGCAGGACAGGUGGGGAACACUGCCGCUGGAGUGGUGAACACCAUAGGCGACGUCGCACAAGGAGUACGAGCUGGGGUGUUCGGACAGAAUUUGCCUUCAGAAUCAGGCUAUCAGAGUGGAAAUAGCAAUGGAUAUAAUUCACAAAUGCAAAGACCCCAUUUACCAAAUCAAAACCCAGAUCUGUUAAGCCCUGGUGCUUUUGCUCCUGCUUCAGCUGUAAGUGGAGUAAUGACAAUGAAUGGAGUUAAUGGUCAAAGUGGAAACAACGCCUACAACAUGAAUCCGGAGAGCAUUGGUGUUGGGGUGCGUAUCUUCAUUAUUUUCUUAUUUUUCUACUUAUUCAAGUUGAGGGUAGACAAAUAGUA